CUCAUCGCCAGCGCGACACGGAACAAGUUCCCUUCAAACAUGUCCUUCUCUCUCUCACACACAACACACACCAACUUCACCUUCAAUUUCUGAAGAAUCUCUAUUCUCUCUGGAAAUACAAUUAGGGUUUCGAAUUUCGAACUCGUUUCUACCAUGUCUUCACCCCGUUACAGUUCCCUCCCUUCAACUUCAACCUCACCUUCCCACUACCCCUUCUCACGCGCCACCAACGCCUCCAAUUUCCCCACGCGCCGCCCCUGGGAAGAAUUCUUCACCCUCCACUCCCUCACCCGCCCUUACUCCCUCGGCGAAGCCUCCCUCCGCGUGAAGCACAACCUCCGCCACUUCCUCGGCAACUACACCAUGGUCCUCCUCUUCAUCCUCUUCGUCUCCCUCAUCUGGCACCCCGUCUCCAUCAUCGUCUUCCUCGCCGUCUUCCUCGCCUGGUUCUUCCUCUUCUUCUUCCGCGACCGCCCUGUCGUUGUCCUCUCCCGCACCGUCGAUUACCGUUUCAUCCUCGCCGCGCUCUGGGUUGUUACCGUUGUUGCGCUCGUUCUCACCAGAGUUUGGCUCAAUGUCCUCGUGUCGCUUCUCGUCGGUGCCGCGGUGGUUGGGUUGCACGCGGUUUUCCGGAGUACUGAGGAUUUGUAUGUUGAUGAGUUGGAUGUUUCUGAUGGAGGUUUGCUCUCGGUUGUUGGUGGUAGUCCCACCAAGAGAACAGGGUACAAUAGAAAUUUAGUUUAGAUAGAACUGUAUAGAUACUGAUUAUGUUUUGCUCUUACUUGAAUUCCAUAGAUUUAAAGCAUUUUGGUUACACGAAAAUGUGAAAUGCCCCUUGCAUUGUUCAUGAGCUGCAUUUUGCAUAUGAUAUAUAGUUUUGAGGUGUUGUUAGCUGGAAUGGAUUUCUUUUGUUGGUUGUCUUUAUGAUGCUUUUACGGCCUCGGGUAAAUUCUUGGAUAGAUUGAAUUGAAGCAUUCAA